AUGUCGUCGUUGAGGUAUUCCGAGCCAGGUGCCUCGUGGAAUGAGGCUCUCCCCAUUGGCAAUGGUAGACUAGGGGCAAUGGUCAGAGGAAGCACUGGGACCGAAAUUCUCCAGCUCAACGAGGACAGUGUCUGGUACGGAGGUCCUCGUGAUCGCAUCAAUCCAGACGCUCAGGCGAAUCUGCCAAAGAUACGAGCCCUUGUUGCAGCAGGAAAGCAUAUCGAGGCGGAAGUUCUGAUCAAAGCUGCUUUCACAGGAAUGCCUGCGUCCGUGCGGCACUAUGACAGCUUGGGAGACUUGGUCUUGAUCUUUGACCAUGGUGAGGACGUCAAAUCCAAAGAAACGGCUGGUCAAGUCAUGUACGUGAGCUCCUCGUCCGAGGCAAAGAUCCCAGUAAAGGCCCCGACAGUUUCGGACUACAGCCGUCAGUUGGAUCUAUCAACGGCUAUCUCGACGGUCGUCUACGAAUACAAUGGCGUUCUGUAUACACGUGAAGUCUUCUGCAGUGUACCAGAUCAAGUUUUGGUGGUUCAUGUGUCCUCACAGGGUGGUCCGUUGGACUUUCGAUGGUACCUCGAUCGAACGACCCACGCGGACAUCAACAAAGGUCAUAACAAAUUCAUGGACACGCUCGAGAAACUCCCAGGCGGGACGCUUUUCAAUGCGACGUCUGGAGGUCCAGGAUCUGUCCGUGUGAGCUGUGGUGCAGUCUCCGAAGUAAUCGACGGGGAAGCGGAGGCCAUUGGCGAUACUGUCUUUGUGCGUGGUGCGAGCUCUGCCACAAUCAUACUUGCGGCGGAAACGACAUUCCGAAACGAUGACCCAAAAGCGAAGUGUUUAUCGCAAUUGCAAAUGGCUCGCGCUCAAACUUAUGCCGAGCUGAGAUCGAAGCAUAUUGCCGAGUACAGCGGCCUCUUCAACCGUGUUAGACUGACUCUGGGUCUUCCUACAAAUUCAGUUUCGUCUACAACGAAAAGGUUGGAAAGAAUGCAGAAAGGCGAUUUCAAGGACAGCGAUUUGUUUGCUCUCUACUUUCAAUACGGACGCUACCUUCUGCUUUCUUCCAGCCGCCCUGGUACCUUACCCGCUAAUUUACAGGGUAUCUGGAACGAAGAUUUUGAUCCCAUCUGGGGUUCCAAGUACACCAUCAACAUCAACACCGAGAUGAACUACUGGCCAGCUGAAUCGUGCAAUCUGAGCGAAUGCCACACACCACUCUUUGAGCUGCUGGGAAGGAUGCGAGAAAACGGCAAGAUCACGGCAGAGAAGAUGUAUGGAUGUCGUGGGUUCGUGGCUCAUCACAACACCGACAUUUGGGCGGACACCGCUCCUCAAGAUCGCGCAGGCUGGGCAACCUAUUGGCCGCUUGGUGGUGCUUGGCUGAGUCUCCAUUUGUGGGAGCAUUUCGAGUACAAUGGAAGCGUCGAGUUUCUGAGAAACGUGUACCCCAUCCUUUACGACGCGGCUUUGUUCUUUGUAGAUUUCCUGAUCGAGGACGGGCCCGACCGCCAGCUCGUGGUCUCACCUUCCAUCUCGGCGGAAAACAGCUUUCUCUUGCCCGGAGGAGGGAAAGGCAGUAUAUGUGCAGGAGCGUCAUGGGACAAUCAGAUUCUGGUGGAACUAUUUACAGCCUGCGUCCGCGCUGCCAGUAUUCUAGGAAUCGCAGACGACAGUGUCAGAGAACUCCAGGCUACCCUGGAUCGCAUCCCGAGGCCUCGAAUCGGCAAACACGGCCAAAUCAUGGAAUGGAUGAGCGACUACGACGAGUACGAGCCAGGCCAUCGUCACUUAUCACCGCUAUUCUUCGUGCAACCGGGUACUCUCCCAGUCCCCUCGAGCCUGAUUGCAGCGGCAAAGGUGACUCUCACGCGAAGACUGUCCCACGGAGGUGGACACACCGGAUGGUCUCGAGCUUGGAUCAUCACGCUGUAUGCGAGACUGUACGACGGCGAAGAGGCAUACAAUCAUCUCUGUCAGAUGCUUCAGCAUUCGACGUAUACAAACCUGUUAGACGCACACCCCCCCUUCCAAAUAGAUGGUAAUUUUGGCGCCACGGCGGGAAUGGCCGAAAUGCUGCUUCAAAGCCACAGAGGCCAGCUGGAAAUCUUGCCUGCCAUACCGAACGUCUGGACUGAUGGUUCGGUCACGGGUCUUUGUGCCCGUGGAGGCUUCGAGGUCGAUGUCACCUGGGAAAAGGGAUCGGUCCAUACUCUCAAGAUGCGAUCCAAGCUCGGUCGAGAUUGCAUACUGGCAUCCAAAGGUCUCGAACAGCUGGAAUGUGUUGAUUUCGUGGCGGAGAAGCGUGAAGGCAAGGUUCAUUUUGCAACGAAAGCGGGUCAAGAGUACACAUUAACGGCUCGCUAG